AAAUCAAGAAGUUGUGUAACUAGUAAAACCACCGUAGGUAGAGCAUGGGAAAAUAUGAAAAGGCGAGUAUAACCGAGUUUCCGGGAACACUUUUGAGUUCUUCAUUUUCAGUGUGUGUUCCCUGAACGACGAUCUGCUUGACGCCGCUCCAGAAAGUUGAUGUAUGCGAAGCGGUGUUGGCACCAAGUGUCAGAAUGAGAUGUCGUCUCAUAGCGGCUCCUUUGUGCAAAUCAAGUUCGAUGACAUCCACUUCUUCGAGAACUGUGGCGGCGGCAGCUUCGGAAGUGUGUACCGGGCCAGAUGGAUCUCCCAGGACAAAGAGGUGGCGGUGAAAAAGCUGCUCAAGAUUGAGAACGAGGCUGAAAUCCUCAGCGUCCUCAGCCACCGUAACAUCAUCCAGUUUUAUGGCGCCGUCGUUGAGGCUCCUAACUAUGGAAUUGUCACUGAAUAUGCCAGUGGCGGAUCGCUGUAUGACUACCUUUCCUGCGAUGAGAGUGAAGAAAUGGACAUGGGGCACAUUAUGACAUGGGCUACAGAAAUCGCCAGAGGAAUCCACUAUUUACACGCAGAGGCCCCUGUAAAGGUGAUCCACAGAGACCUGAAAUCAAGGAACGUUGUUAUAACAUCAGAUAAAGUCCUCAAGAUUUGUGAUUUUGGGGCCUCCAAGUUUCUGACCCACACGACACAUAUGUCUUUGGUGGGGACCUUUCCAUGGAUGGCGCCUGAGGUCAUCCAGAGUCUGCCAGUGUCUGAGACCUGUGACACCUUCUCUUAUGCUGUGGUGCUUUGGGAAAUGCUGACGCGCGAGAUCCCCUUCAAAGGCCUGGAAGGCUUACAGGUGGCUUGGCUUGUAGUGGAAAAAGAGGAGAGGUUGACUGUCCCCAGUGGCUGUCCUGCCAGCUUUGCAGAGCUGAUGAGGGACUGCUGGAUGACAGAUCCAAAAACGAGGCCAACGUUCAAGCAGAUCCUCUCUACUUUGGAGGCCAUGGCGAACGACAGCCAACUCCCUCAACAGUGCAACUCUUUCCUCCACAACAAGUCUGAAUGGAGGUAUGAGAUCGAAGCCACACUCGACAGGCUGAAGAAGCUAGAGAGAGACCUGAGUAGCAAAGAGCAGGAACUGAAGGAGAGAGAGCGACGUCUGAAGAUGUGGGAGCGCAAACUCAUCGAACAGUCUAACAGCCCGCUGCUUCCCACCCUCGACAUCUACACGUGGACAGAGGAACAUGUGUAUUUCUGGAUGCAGCAAAUAUUUGGUGAAGAGGGGAGUGCAUAUGGCAUGCACCUGUAUGCUGAUCUGUUUCGAGACAAUCACAUAACUGGAAAAAGGCUCUUAUUACUGUCAGAGAACGACAUGCGGGACAUGGGCAUCAAGUCCAAAGGUCACGUCAUGCACCUGAAGAGUGAAAUUGAAAAGCUGACCAAUGAUUACCUCGGGCUAGUCCACUUUCCACCACUGCUUAAGGAGGAGCUUGAAAAUGAGGUGGAAAGUAGUAAAAGUGUUCAUCUGGAGCUCGUCUUUGGGUACCACUGGAAGCCAGGCACUGGAAAAUCUGACUGCAAGUGGAAAAUGUUCCUUGAACUUGACGGAGACGACGUGGCUUUAACUUACAUUAAGGAUGUCAUCUUCAGCCCCAAUCGACAGGAUGUGGAGCCCAUGCGAAUGACUAAGCUGCCGUUUGUGAUGGACAAAUGGAUCGUCGGAAUACAACCCAACCAGAAGGUGGACUACGUAGUCAGCUAUAAGAGUAAUGUCAGGUUACCAAAGUCAACUAGACACAGCUGUCCCAUGACGUGGUGUCAGACUGGUGGACAGGAUGAGAUCAAAACAGUGGAGCUUGUCAUCGAAUCAACGCCAGCUCACUUCGACUUGAGCCCCACGAGCAGGUCGAACUCUGAUAUCGAUCAGGCUUGGAUGCGCAGUGUGAGGCUGCGGCAGAUUGUCAGGCAGAAAACGCAGAAGCCCACUGCCGCCCUCCCCACCUUCACCAGCGCUGGAGCGUGCACUCUUACUCAGUUCCUGUCGGUGCACGAAAGCCAAGCGUCGUCCUACGCGGCAGCAGCGCGGCGCUCGCCCAUCCGCGCCCACGUCAAUUCCUGGAAUGACUCUCGCAGCUCCUCGCCGACCGGCGGCCUGUCGCCCAAACUGUCGACGCUCUAUUUGGGGUCAAAGGGCAGCAGCCCGUGCAGCACGACGUCAGAGGGCAUGUCUGAGCGAGAGCGGCCCCUCAGCGCGGGUGUAGUGCACGAGUAUAGAAGACAGGGCUUUUUCGGCAGCACGGCUGGUCAAGGUAGGGGCAAUACGAGAGGAGGCCAAAGCGGCAAUAAAAGUAACAAAAGCCCCCAACAACCAGGGAGGCCGCGUUCCAACAGUUACAGCGCCACACCGCAGUACCGCCAACGCGUGAUACCCGGUAUAAUGUCAAUGACCGAAAACCCCAAUGAGGAAGGGGAGGAGACCAAAACCAGUAGCGACGGUGGCUGGAUCAAAGUCGAGCGCCACAAAAGAUUACCGCGACAGGACAAUAAAGCGGUCAGAGGUCGGUCGAGGAGAGGUGGCCGAGGAGGGCGGGGUGCUGGGGGCAGGACUUAAUACAGCGGACACCAUACAUGUCAUCACCUGAAUGUGUUCACCAUGUAAAUACUAUUUUCUUACAUGCUCUAAAAGGGAGUUGCACAAAAUGUAUUUGAAUAAAUAGUUUUUUUUUUUUUAAACUGGCUGCUGUAUAGGUAAUAUAUAUAAUGCUCAGCAUGUAUUUAUUAAAGUUACAACAUGCCUAUAA